AUGAACUACAUCAGUUGGGUGAUUCGUGUACAUGUUAUGAUGGAGGACGAAGGAGUGUGGGAGACAGUCGAGUUAGUAGAAGGCACAAAGAUUGAUGUCCGGCUCAAUAAGAAGGCGAGGUCGCAUCUUCUACAAGAACUUCUAGAGGAUCUUCUCAUGCAGGUGGCAAAUAAGAAGACGGCGAAGGAAGUGUGGGAUUGUCUCAAGACGAGGUUCGUCGGCGCAGACCAUGUGAAGAAUGCACGAUUGCAUACAUUGAAGAGUGAGUUUGAUAGGAUGCAUAUGAACGACAAUGAGUCGCUCGAUCAAUAUCUCUUCGACACCGUGCUAGAAAGGUUUAUCAGUGUGGUAGCCGUCAUCGAGCAGUUUUACAACCUCGAGACGUUAACAUUCAAGGAAGUUGUUGGAAGGAUGAAGGUCUUCGAGGAGCGCACGCGCAAAAAAAAACACAAGCUUUGGAGGAAACGAAUGACAAGUGCUACUCACUCAGGAGGAGUGGAAGGCACGGAUUCCACAGAUAGUGGGACCCGUGAUCAAGAAGGUAGAACCCGAGGUAGAGGCCAAUGGAGAGGAGGCCGAGGAGCACCGUCUCGGAAAGACAAAGAAGGUGGUUCAGGUGGUCGAGGAGCUCCUCGAGACAAAAGUCACAUUCUCUAUUUUAAUUGCAACGAGAUGGGACAUUACUCAACUCAAUGUAGAGCAAAGAAGAACGAGGUAUCACACCUUACCCACGUAGACAACGUCGAACCAGCAUUGCUUAUGGCAAUCUCGGAGGAGAUUCUACCAAUCAAUGUUGUCAUGCUGAAUGAAAUGAAGCUAACUCUAGAAAUUCUAGAAGCUAAGAACGAUGAGACAUCAAGAGAUGCUUGGUUCUUGGAUAACGGCGCUAGCAAUCACAUGACUGGCGAUAAAGAAAAGUUCUUUGAACUAGAUGAGGCAGCACUUGAAAGGUGGAUGUGGCUCCAUAUGUUAAAAGCAAAGAACGAAGCAUGCUCUUCGUUUAAGAAGACGAAGCAAUUGGUCGAGAAUGUGACCGGACUUCGAAUCAAAGUUCUUCGUUCGGAUAGAGGAGGUGAAAUCUUCUCAAUUGAAUUUGUAGAGAUGUUUGAAGAAGUAGGGAUAGAGCGACAAUUCAUUGCAUCGUACACUCCUCAAUAA